GUCGCGCGCGCGCGCCACUUAACGCGUCCGCCGCGCGUCGUGUUGCUCUGCCUCCGCCGCCGAUGCCUGUGCCCUCGCUCUACUUCUUCUCUUCUCGCUCACCACUCCGCACCAGUCAAACCUUGAGUGAGGCACGAGAACGAAGCUUGGCCUUCCUCGGCGUCGAGCUCGGGUUUACGGCAGCCUGCCGAGGACAGGGGGCCGGGGCACAGGGCAAGGCGCCGCUGCAGAGCGGCUGGCGGCAUUGGAUCGCUGCCAUACGCUGAACCUGUGAUGCGUCCAGAGAGGUCGCUCCAGCCCCUUCGCAAGGUAUAGCGCUUCCAGCGAGCUUCGAGUGAGGGGUAGAUACGAGCUUGCACGGCGAGCUGGAGGAGCAGGGGGAACGCGAGGAGCAUGCACGUGACCUCGAGGGACUGCAUGCACCGAGCGAGCGCCGCGCCGCGCGUGAUGCCUGAUGACGUCGCGCCGAGCCCACGCAGCGCUCGCUUUGAGCUCGCCCUCGCCCGCCGUCCGGCGCCGCUGCCGCUGCCGCGUCCGCGUGGGCCAAGGCACGUUUGACGCUGAGCAGCGCAGAAAGCCGAGCCGCAUCGGGCCUUGGCUCGGACGGCCCUGCCCGCAUGAGAGGCGCGCGGCGGGCGUGACGUCCGCGGAUGGCGCUCGCAAACCGCGCGCUCGUCGAUGCGAGGACGGCGGCCCAGCGCCAUCGUCGGCGCUGUCAGACGUGCUUGCGAGCCGAGCAUGCCGGCUCGAGGAGGUGUGCCGCAGCAGCAUGCAGCGUCACCCCGCAGUUGCUGCGAGCGUGCGAGGGGGGGCGAUGGGCGGAUCCGCCUGCAGCGCUGUCUCGCCGCCUGCGUGUGGCGCUCGCAGCGCCCGUCCCCGGAUCGCCGUGCUGUCGGGCUCCGAAUGGCGACGGCGCUGCGGCCUGUGCCGCCGUUGCCGCUCCGUGCUUGUGCUCAUGCUCACAUGCGCGAAGCGCGAUGCGUGCUCUGCGGCUCGACGACGUGCGCACAUCUUCCCGGCCGCCGCUCGGUGCGGCGCCAGGGGUGACGUCUGGGCGCGCCGCGUCGCCUCCUCCGGGCCGCGAUGCUCGGCUCAGGGUCACUUCAUCAGCCUCCUGUGCGCCCCCAGAUCUGUCUAGGCUCGCGGCUGCGGCGCGCUGCCUCCUCGCGCGGAAGUGACAGAACACAAGGCGAUCGCGGAUGAAGAGGCGAAUAGGCUCAUGCUGCGGAAGGUGUAUCUGGG